GGAUGGAGGAGGCCAGGAAGGCUUCAAAAAGAACCCCGACCCGGGAGGUGGUCGUCAGAGGGCAGUGUGGCCGGAAGGGCCGUUCCCCUCACCCUGCUGCCCACCCGUCCACCCCCAGCUCCAUCUCCUGCCUCCUGCUCACCUGGCUGGAAGAGCUGCCGGCUGAUUUCUGCCAGCACCCAGGCGUUCCCUGCCUCAAACAGCUGGUGGCGCUUGCACAGGUCGCCCUGCCUGGGUCUGCCCUGGAGAGGCGUGCUCAGGACCUCCUUUCUCUCCUGGAGCCCUCGGAGCCCAGUGAGACCGCGACAGGCUCCCGUGUCAGACCCAGAGGUGAAAACCAGCGCAGUGCCCCCUCCAGAGCCAGUUCCAUCGAUGGCACUGCCUCCAGUGCCACAUGCAGUGGCAGAGCCACUGCCGGCUCGAGAACUCCAGCCUCCUACUCCUGCAACGUUCGUCCCACCUCUGGAGUUGGAGGCAACUCUGAAGCCACCUGCUGUGCCACCUCCAGAGGUUGCAACAUCACCAGCUGCAGCAUCACUGACAGAGCCGGCAGUAGCUCUGAGGCCACCUCUACUGCAGGAGGUCGAGGCAUUUAUGGCACCUGAUGUGGAGCCAUCCUCCUCACCAGCAGACACACCGUUGCCAGAGCUGGAGGCAGCUCCGUUGCCACCUCCAGAGGUGGUGACCUUCCCAACUGAGGAGCUGGAGCUGGUUAACUCAACACCAGUAGCCUCAGGUCCACAGCAGGAAGUGGCUCCUGUGUCACCUGUACUGCCAUUUUCCCACCCAGCACCAGUGCCACCUCCGGACGUAGCACCUGGUAACUCACCGACCGUGGUAACAGCUGCAGAGCAGGAGGAAAUCCUCGUGUCACCUGCAGUGCCACUGGCAGAGCUGAAUUCAGCACCAGCUCUUGCUCCGCCACCAGAGCCUUCCUGCUGCUCCCCUGAGAGCCUGGAGCAUGGUCUGAAGGAGGUGAAGUCCCCCCUCUCUGAGGACCCCCCCAGGCUGGUGGCCGAACAGAUGACACCGAUGCAGGUGGGAGACCAGGUCAUGCCGAGGAUCCAGCACCUCCAGGCGGAAUCCAGCGAGACCCACUGUCGACCCCUGGAGCAACUUGGGGCCUGUUUUGGGAAUGUGGAACAGCUCAGCGAGGCCAAGUGCCCUCAGGAACCCAGUGCUGAGCCCAGCACUAGUGGCAAGACAGAGUCCAGUGCCCGGCUCCAGAGUGGCCCCGACCUCAGCAGUGGGGACACAGCUACCUCAUUCCCUGGACACGUGGCUGAUGCCUCAAAGCCAGAUCUCGAGAUAGGCAUGGCCCUUGUCUCCGAAUUCCCCGAUGGCCAGGAGAAGCAGGUUGGGGAAUCGACCUUCCCGUCAUCCCUGGAGUCACCCGGUGUCACCUCAACAUCCAGUGGCACCACCUCCUCCUCGGCCCACCCCAUGCCCAGGGCCCCUCUGAGAACCCAGAUACCCUUUGAAUUCCUGCCAAUUUAUAACAUGAUGGUGGACGACAAAUGCAUCGUCUGACCUGCCAAGACAGGACCCGGGCCUUUAUCCGCAAAGCCUUAGAGAAGCAUAUCCUGGAGGGAGAAGAUCCAGAGGACUACAUGCUGGUGCAAAUUGUUUCUCCGAAAAGAAGGAUGAAGAUUCCAGAUAGGGUGAAUCUCUUCUACGCCAUGGACCCUUCAGGCAAUUAUGAUUUGCUGCUGACUAAGAAAACCUCCGCCAAGGGGAAGAAAGGGGAAAAGGGUGGCCUGUUCACCCUUUUCCAAGGGAAGAAGAAGUGAAGCCGCUUCUCACUGGCCCUGACAGCCACCAGCCUCAGGGUCAUCUUCCCACGUGUAGCUGGUUGGGUGCCAUCGCCGUGCCAGGUGCUUCCCUCCUCACCAGCCAGCUGAGCCCUCCCUGCCCUGACCCUUGUUUCAGCCCUGAACCUCUCCUCCUGCUGGCAUCUCCCUGCCCCUUGACAGCCUGACCCAGACUCCUGUGGACCACUCACUGCCCCCUCCUCGGGCCAUGGGUCCCCACACAUGACCUUCCCUGGGGUUCCUGCCCUGCCUCACCCCACUGCAGUGUUCCUCAGGCUGCACCAAACAUUUUAUCAUCAGGACCUCCCUGGAGUGAGGCUUCUCCUCCCACCCAUCCCAGGCCCUCAUCCCAGGGAUUGGAGAGGCCUCUUCACUCUGUAAGGCUUUACCCAUUGAGGGAGGAAGCACCCAGCUGGGUGCCACAGACCUUAAAUCUGAAGCUAUGCAAGGGCCAUGCACCACUGCUUCCUGGGGUGUAUGAGACCCCUGGAGAUGGAGGUAGUGGGAGGGCAUAUUGGGGAGGAUUGGUCAGUUAUUGAACUUUGGUAUAUUGGGCAGAAAAUACAUACCUAUUGGAGA